AUGGAUCCCGAAGUCACCCAAUUGAUGGCCGAAAAUCUACCCAAAAACUUUGUUGACCCCAGAGCAUAUCCAAGUGUUUCACAGAUUGAGAAAAAAUGCAUCCAGAUUCUCGCCAAAUUGUAUCAUUGUCCUGCCGUGGAAAACAAAUUGCCUGUUGGUGUGAGCACCGUUGGGAGUUCUGAGGCAAUUAUGCUAGCUGUCCUGGCGAUGAAGGUUCAAUGGGCGAAUCGACAAUACGCCAGCGGGAAUCACUCCAAGCCCAACAUUAUAAUCAGCUCUGCAGCCCACGUGUGCUGGAAAAAAGCGGCUCUUUAUUUCGAGAUUGAUGUACAAUACGUGCAAUGCUCUGAAAAUCGAUACGUGUUGGACCCCAUUCGGGCUGUUGAUCUUGUCAAUGAUAGGACAAUCGGCAUUUGCUGCAUUCUAGGUACUACGUACACAGGGGAAUACGAAGAUGUCAAGGCAGUCAACGAUCUUCUCAUCGAGGGCGGUCACGAUGUGCCAAUCCACGUUGAUGCUGCAAGCGGCGGUUUUGUGGCCCCCUUUGUUGCGCCAGAUUUGCAGUGGGACUUCAGACUUGAAAAGGUGGCAUCAAUAAAUGUCUCUGGACACAAGUAUGGGCUCGUCUACCCCGGCAUUGGCUGGGCUCUGUGGCGUUCUCCCGAAAAGCUGCCGGCGAAUCUUGUUUUCUACCUCUCCUAUCUUGGAGCAUCCCAGUCAUCAUUUACGUUGAACUUCUCCAAGAGCUCAUCGCAUGUCAUUGCCCAAUAUCGUGAGUUGUACCUUCCCAACAAGAAAGAAACCGGAGCCCAAGCUGAUUUCAAGAUAGAUCAGUUUAUUCGUCUAGGAAGAGCCGGUUACCGCAGUUUCAUAUAUGGUAUUAUGAAAGAGGCGAGUUGCCUGGAGAAAUCCCUUAAAAGCAUGGGACUCUGGAUCCUGAGCAAGCCUGAUGGCAUUCAAGGAAUUCCAGUGGUAGCUUUUCGGGUAGGUCAUGCCCUUAGUUUUAAGUUCGAUGAAUUCGAGCUAUCCGCAGAGUUGGAGAGAAGAGGCUGGCUCGUUCCUGCAUAUCACAUGGCGGAUGGAGCAUCCCACGUUACCUUGCUGCGAAUAGUAUGUCGAGUUGAUUUUACAUGUGAGCUUCGCGAGCAGCUCUUGAGAGAUAUGAAGUUGAGCUUGGAAACCUUGCAGCGGCAAUAA